GUGAUUCAUUCACCAACUGCAAAUCUCCACCGAGCAAAACGAACAACAAUGGCAGCACGAAAGAGAGCAGUGUCUUCCGGCGACCCUUCUUCCGAAAGCACACAGCGGAAGCAGCCACAAGAACACCCAGAUCCUCCAAUCGCACCUCCCAAAUGGGGUCUCCUUCUCAAGCUCUCUAUCUUCUCCAUCCCUUACUUCUAUCUCAUCUUCUACCAUUACUCCAUCGACCCACAACUCCGAAGAUCCAUACUCAUCAAUGCCGGAAUGAGCCUCGCUGGGUUCUUCGUCACUGUCAGAAUGAUCCCCGUCGCCUCCAGAUACGUUCUCAAGCGAAAUCUCUUUGGAUAUGAUAUCAACAAGAAGGGUACCUCUCAGGGAAAUGUCAAAGUGCCCGAAUCAUUGGGUAUAGUUGUUGGUAUUGUCUUCUUGGUUGUGGGGAUCUUAUUUCAGUAUUUUAACUUCACAGCAGAUUCAAAUUGGCUUGUUGAGUACAAUGCGGCAUUAGCAUGUGUCUGUUUCAUGACAUUGCUUGGAUUUGUCGAUGAUGUCCUCGAUGUACCCUGGAGAGUAAAAUUACUACUCCCUUCAAUUGCUGCACUUCCUUUGUUAAUGGCAUAUGCUGGACACACAACUAUAGUUAUACCAAAGCCACUUGUCCAACACAUCGGGAUUGAGAUUUUGGAUCUCGGAUGGAUAUAUAAACUAUAUAUGGGGCUAUUGGCUGUUUUCUGCACAAAUUCCAUCAAUAUACAUGCUGGAUUAAAUGGCCUUGAAGUUGGGCAGACAGUGGUUAUCUCAUCAGCUAUUCUGAUGCACAAUAUUAUGCAAAUUGGAGCAUCAAAAGAUCCUGAGUAUAAGCAAGCUCAUGCAUUCUCCAUUUACUUAGUUCAGCCCUUGCUAGCUACCUCUUUGGCUUUGUUUUCUUUCAACUGGUAUCCUUCUUCUGUUUUUGUUGGUGAUACCUAUACAUACUUUGCUGGGAUGACUAUGGCUGUGGCUGGUAUUUUAGGCCAUUUUAGUGAAACACUCUUGAUUUUCUUCCUACCUCAAGUUUUGAACUUCCUCUUGUCACUUCCCCAGCUUUCUGGCUACAUUCCAUGUCCACGUCAUCGUCUGCCGAGGUUUGACCCUCAAACUGGACUACUGACUGGGACAAAUGAUGGGACACUCGUUAACUUCUUCUUAAGAACUUUAGGCCGGAAGUCUGAAAAGGCGCUUUGUGUUUAUCUUCUUGUUUUCCAGGCUUUGGCAUGCUGUUUCUGUUUCUUUCUGAGGUAUCUGCUUGCCGGUUGGUACAAAUGAAAGCAUGAAGCUGAUAAAACUAAGAUACCGUAGGAGAGGUUGAAUUUGUUGUAUAACAUUUUUGUAGAAACAGUUUCUAGUGUCAGUGGAUAUCAUAUAGGUUUUGGUGGGUGUAAUUUUCUUUUCUGUUAUUUGAAUGAAUGAUAAAUAUCAACUAACAGAAAUGAAUACAAGUUAAAUUUACCUGGA